UUUGCUGGCCGGCGAGCGGGCGGCUGCGGGCGGCACGGAGUGAGCGAGCCAGAGAGCUGCGCGGGCCGGGCCAUGGGGCGGCGGGCGGCGAGCGCGCUGCUGCUGGCGCUACUGCUGCAGGGGCGGCUGCUCGCGGUGACCCAUGGGCUGAGGGCAUACGAUGGCUUGUCUCUACCUGAGGACACGGAGACCGUCACGGCAAGCCGAAUGGGCUGGAGCUAUUCGUACCUUUCUGACGAUGAGGACCUGCUGGCUGACAGCGCCUCCGGAGGUGGCCUGGGCAGCGGGGACCUGGGCAGCGGGGACUUCCAGAUGGUUUACUUCCGAGCCCUGGUGAAUUUCACUCAUUCCAUCACGUACAGCCCUCAGCUGGAGGAUGCCGGCUCCAGGGAGUUCCGAGAGGUGUCCGAGGCUGUGGUCGACACGCUGGAGUCGGAGUACUUGAAAAUUCCCGGAGACCAGGUUGUCAGUGUGGUGUUCAUCAAGGAGCUGGAUGGCUGGGUUUUCGUGGAGCUGGAUGUGGGCUCGGAAGGGAAUCCAGACGGGACCCAGAUUCAGGAGGUGCUGCACAGGGUCGUCUCCAGCGGCUCCAUGGCCUCCUACAUGACCUCUCCCCAGGGAUUCCAGUUCCGACGCCUGGGCACAGCACAGACCCCCCCACCCCCGCCGGCCGCUGUGGCGGUCGCAGUGACACCAGUGCCCCAGUUCCCGAGAGCCUGCACCGAGGCCGAGUUUGCCUGCCACAGCUACAACGAGUGUGUGGCCCUGGAGUAUCGCUGUGACCGGCGGCCCGACUGCAGGGACAUGUCCGACGAGCUCAACUGCGAGGAGCUGGUCCUGGGAGUCAGCCCCACAUUCUCUCUCCUGAUGGAAACAACACCUUUACCACCCCGGCUGGAGGCAAUCACCACAAGACAGCCACCACAUACCCAUGCUCCCCAGCCCCUGCUUCCUGCUUCCACCAGGCCCCUGCCCUGUGGGCCCCAGGAGGUGGCAUGCCGCAGUGGGCACUGCAUCCCCAGAGACUACCUCUGCGACGGGCAGGACGACUGCAAGGACGGCAGCGAUGAGCUGGACUGCGGCACCCCGCCACCCUGUGAGCCUAAUGAGUUCGCCUGCGGGAAUGGACACUGUGCCCUCAAGCUGUGGCGCUGUGAUGGUGACUUUGACUGUAAGGACCAGACCGAUGAAACCAACUGCCCCGCCAAGCGCCCUGAGGAAGUGUGCGGACCCACACAGUUCCGAUGUGUCUCCACCAACACGUGCAUCCCAGCCAGCUUCCACUGUGACGAGGACAGCGACUGUCCCGACCGUAGCGACGAGUUUGGCUGCAUGCCUCCCCAGGUGGUGACACCUCCCCAGGAGUCCAUCCAGGCUUCCCGGGGCCAGACAGUGACCUUCACCUGUGUGGCCAUUGGAGUCCCCACCCCCAUCAUCAACUGGAGGCUCAACUGGGGCCACAUCCCCUCUCAUCCCAGGGUGACAGUGACCAGUGAGGGUGGCCGUGGCACACUGAUCAUCCGUGACGUGAAGGAGUCAGACCAGGGUGCCUAUACCUGUGAGGCCAUGAACGCCCGGGGCAUGGUGUUUGGGAUUCCUGACGGGGUCCUGGAGCUCGUCCCACAGCGAGGCCCCUGCCCCGACGGCCACUUCUACCUGGAGCACAGCGCCUCCUGCCUGCCCUGCUUCUGCUUUGGUCUCACCAGCGUGUGCCAGAGCAGCCGCCGCUUCCGGGACCAGAUCAGGCUGCGCUUUGACCAACCCAAUGACUUCAAGGGCGUGAAUGUGACGAUGCCUGCGCAGCCCGGCACGCCACCCCUCUCCUCCACGCAGCUGCAGAUCGACCCAGCCUUGCACGAGUUCCAGCUAGUCGACCUGUCCCGCCGCUUCCUCGUCCACGACUCCUUCUGGGCUCUGCCUGAGCAGUUUCUGGGCAACAAGGUGGACUCCUAUGGUGGUUCCCUACGUUACAACGUGCGCUACGAGCUGGCCCGGGGCAUGCUGGAGCCAGUGCAGCGGCCGGACGUGGUCCUCGUGGGCGCCGGAUACCGCCUCCUCUCCCGAGGCCACACACCCACCCAACCCGGUGCUCUGAACCAGCGCCAGGUCCAGUUCUCUGAGGAGCAUUGGGUCCAUGAGUCUGGCCGGCCGGUGCAGCGCGCGGAGCUGCUGCAGGUGCUGCAGAGCCUGGAGGCUGUACUCAUCCAGACCGUGUACAACACCAAGAUGGCCAGCGUGGGGCUGAGCGACAUCUCCAUGGAUACCACCGUCACCUACGCCACCAGCCAUGGCCGUGCCCACAGUGUGGAGGAGUGCAGAUGCCCCAUUGGCUAUUCUGGCUUGUCCUGUGAAAGCUGUGAUGCCCACUUCACUCGGGUACCUGGUGGGCCCUACCUGGGCACCUGCUCUGGCUGCAAUUGCAAUGGCCAUGCCAGCUCCUGUGACCCUGUGUACGGCCACUGCCUGAAUUGCCAGCACAACACGGAGGGACCGCAAUGCAACAAGUGCAAGUCUGGCUUCUUUGGGGAUGCCACAAAGGCCACGGCCACCGCCUGCCGGCCCUGCCCUUGCCCAUACAUCGAUGCUUCCCGCAGAUUCUCAGACACUUGCUUCCUGGACACGGAUGGCCAAGCCACAUGUGACGCCUGUGCCCCAGGCUACACCGGCCGCCGCUGCGAGAGCUGUGCCCCCGGAUACGAGGGGAACCCCAUCCAGCCUGAUGGGAAGUGCAGGCCCAUCAACCAGGCGAUUGUGCGCUGUGAUGAGCGUGGCAGCAUGGGGACCUCUGGGGAGGCCUGCCGCUGUAAGAACAACGUGGUGGGGCGCUUGUGCAAUGAAUGUGCCAACGGCUCUUUCCACCUGAGCACCCAAAACCCCGACGGCUGCCUCAAGUGCUUCUGCAUGGGUGUCAGUCGCCAGUGCACCAGCUCUUCCUGGAGCCGCGCCCAGGUGCACGGGGUCUCCGAGAAGCCUGCCCACUUCGCCGUGACCAACGCCGAAAGCACCCACUCCACCAAUGAUGGCAUCUUCUCCCCCACGCCCGGGGAACUGGGCUUCUCCUCCUUCCACAGACUCCUAUCUGGACCCUACUUCUGGAGCCUCCCUGCAAGCUUCCUUGGAGACAAGGUGACCUCCUACGGAGGAGAGCUGCGCUUCACAGUGACCCAGCGGCCCCAGCCAGGCUCCGCACCCCUGCGCGGGCAGCCAUUGGUGGUGCUGCAAGGUAACAAUAUCGUCCUAGAGCACCACGGGGCCCAGGAGCCCGGCCCCGGCCAGCCCAGCACCUUCACUGUGCCCUUCCGGGAGGAAGCCUGGCAGCGGCCCGAUGGGCAGCCAGCCACACGGGAGCACCUGCUGAUGGCGCUGGCAGGCAUCGACACCCUCCUGAUCCGAGCAUCCUACGCCCAGCAGCCCGCUGAGAGCAGGGUCUCUGGCAUCAGCAUGGACGUGGCUGUGCCUGAGGAAACCGGCCAGGACCCCGCGCUGGAGGUAGAGCACUGCUCCUGCCCGCCCGGGUACCGUGGCCCGUCUUGCCAGGACUGUGACACAGGCUACACACGCAUGCCCAGCGGCCUCUACCUGGGUACCUGCGAACGCUGCAGCUGCCAUGGCCACUCAGAGGCCUGCGAGCCUGAGACAGGUGCCUGCCAGGGCUGCCAGCAUCACACGGAGGGCCCUCGGUGUGAACAGUGCCAGCCAGGAUACUACGGGGAUGCCCAGCAGGGGACAUCACAGGACUGCCAGCUGUGCCCCUGCUACGGAGACCCUGCUGCCGGCCAGGCUGCCCACACGUGCUUUCUGGACACAGACGGCCACCCGACCUGUGACGCGUGCUCCCCAGGCCACAGUGGGCGUCACUGCGAGAGGUGUGCUCCUGGCUACCAUGGCAACCCCAGCCAGGGCCAGCCAUGCCGGAGAGAUGACCUGGUGCCAGGGCCCAUAGGCUGCCACUGUGACCCCCAAGGCAGCGUCAGCAGCCAGUGUGAUGCUGCUGGUCAGUGCCAGUGUAAGGCCCAGGUGGAAGGCCUCACCUGCAGCCACUGCCGGCCCCACCACUUCCACCUGAGCGCCAGCAACCCUGACGGCUGCCUGCCCUGCUUCUGUAUGGGCAUCACCCAGCAGUGUGCCAGCUCCGCCUACACGCGCCACCUGAUCUCUACCCACUUUGCCCCUGGGGACUUCCAGGGCUUUGCCCUGGUGAACCCGCAGCGGAACAGCCGCCUGACAGGAGAAUUCACUGUGGAACCUGUGCCCGAGGGUGCCCAGCUCUCUUUCAGCAACUUCGCCCACCUCGGCCACGAGUCCUUUUACUGGCAGCUGCCGGAGACAUACCAGGGAGACAAGUUCUCUCUCUCCUACGAAGGCUUCUCUCUGCUCCCUGGAAGCCUCUAUUACUGGCAGCUGCCGCAGGUCUUCCUGGGGGACAAGGUGGCGGCCUACGGUGGGAAGCUGCGAUACACCCUUUCUUACACCGCGGGCCUGCAGGGCAGCCCACUCUCUGACCCUGACGUCCAGAUCACGGGCAACAACAUCAUGCUGGUGGCCUCCCAGCCAGCGCUGCAGGGCCCCGAGAGGAGGAGCUACGAGAUCGUCUUCAGAGAGGAAUUCUGGCGCCGGCCCGACGGGCAGCCGGCCACACGUGAGCACCUCCUGAUGGCACUGGCCGACCUAGAUGAGCUCUUGAUCCGGGCCACGUUCUCCUCGGUGCCACUGGCAGCCAGCAUCAGCGCAGUCAGCCUGGAGGUCGCCCAGCCUGGGCCCUCGAACGGACCCCGGGCCCUCGAGGUGGAGGAGUGCCGCUGCCCCCCGGGUUACAUUGGUCUGUCCUGCCAGGACUGCGCCCCCAGCUACACGCGCACCGGGAGUGGGCUGUACCUUGGCCACUGCGAGCUGUGCGAAUGCAAUGGCCACUCAGACCUGUGCCACCCGGAGACUGGGGCCUGCUCGCAAUGCCAGCACAAUGCCGCAGGGGAGUUCUGCGAGCUGUGUGCCCCUGGCUACUAUGGAGAUGCCACAGCCGGGACGCCUGAGGACUGCCAGCCCUGUGCCUGCCCACUGACCAACCCAGAGAACAUGUUCUCCCGCACCUGCGAAAGCCUGGGAGCUGGUGGGUACCGCUGCACAGCCUGUGAAUCCGGCUACACUGGCCAGUACUGUGAGCAGUGUGCCCCAGGUUAUGUGGGUAACCCCAGUGUGCCAGGGGGCCGGUGCCUGCCAGAGACAAACCAAGCCCCACUGGUGGUCCAGGUCCAUCCUGCUCGAAGCAUAGUGCCCCAAGGCGGCUCCCACUCCCUACGGUGCCAGGUCAGUGGGAGCCCACCCCACUACUUCUACUGGUCCCGCGAGGAUGGGCGCCCUGUGCCCAGCAGCACCCAGCAGCGACAUCAAGGCUCCGAGCUCCACUUUCCCAGCGUCCAGCCCUCGGAUGCUGGCGUCUACAUUUGCACCUGCCGUAAUCUCCACCAUGCCAAUAACAGCCGGGCAGAGCUGCUGGUCACCGAGGCUCCGAGCAAGCCCAUCACAGUGACCGUGGAGGAGCAGCGCAGCCAGAGCGUGCGCCCUGGAGCCGACGUCACCUUCAUCUGCACAGCCAAAAGCAAGUCUCCAGCCUACACUCUGGUGUGGACCCGCCUGCACAAUGGGAAACUGCCCGCCCGAGCCAUGGAUUUCAAUGGCAUCCUGACCAUUCGAAAUGUCCAGCUGAGUGACGCGGGCACCUAUGUGUGCACCGGCUCCAACAUGUUUGCCAUGGACCAGGGCACAGCCACUCUGCACGUGCAGGCCUCGGGCAGCUCGUCCGCCCCCGUGGUCUCCAUCCACCCGCCACAGCUCACAGUGCAGCCAGGUCAACUGGCCGAGUUCCGCUGCAGCGCCACGGGGAGCCCCACGCCCCGCCUCGAGUGGGCAGGGGGCCCCGGUGGCCAGCUCCCUGCGAAGGCACAAGUCCAAGGCGGCAUCCUGCGCCUGCCAGCCGUCGAGCCCGCGGAUCAGGCCCAGUACCUGUGCCGAGCCCACAGCAGCGCUGGGCAGCAGGUGGCCCGGGCUGUGCUCCACGUGCAUGGGGGCAGCGGGCCCAGAGUCCAAGUGAGCCCAGAGAGGACCCAGGUCCACGAAGGCCGCACCGUCAGGCUGUACUGCAGGGCUGCAGGGGUGCCCAGCGUCACUAUCACCUGGAGGAAGGAAGGGGGCAGCCUCCCACCACAGGCCCGGUCGGAGCACACGGACAUCCCCACACUGCUCAUCCCGGCCAUCACGACUGCUGACGCCGGCUUCUACCUCUGUGUGGCCACCAGCCCUGCAGGCACCGCCCAGGCCCGGAUCCAAGUGAUUGUCCUUUCAGCCUCAGAUGCCAGCCCACCGCCGGUCAAGAUUGAGUCCUCAUCGCCUUCUGUGACAGAGGGGCAGACACUCGACCUCAACUGUGUGGUGGCAGGGUCGGCCCACGCCCAGGUCACCUGGUACAGGCGAGCGGGUAGCCUGCCUCCCCACACCCAGGUCCACGGCUCCCGGCUGCGGCUCCCCCAGGUCUCACCAGCUGAUUCUGGAGAAUAUGUUUGUCGUGUGGAGAACGGAUCAGGGCCCAAGGAGGCCUCCAUUACUGUCUCUGUCCUCCACGGCACCCAUUCAGGUCCCAGCUACACCCCAGCCCCCGGCAGCACCCCGCCCAUCCGCAUCGAGCCUUCCUCCUCACAUGUGGCUGAAGGCCAGACCCUGGAUCUGAACUGCGUGGUGCCUGGGCAGGCCCACACCCAGGUCAUGUGGCACAAGCGUGGGGGCAGCCUCCCUGCCCGGCACCAGACCCACGGCUCGCUGCUGCGGCUGCACCAGGUGUCCCCCGCCGACUCAGGCGAGUAUGUGUGCCGUGUGAUGGGUACCUCCGGCCCCCUGGAGGCCUCAGUCCUGGUCACCAUCGAGGCCUCUGUCAUCCCAGGACCCGUUCCACCUGUCAGGAUCGAGUCUUCAUCCUCCACGGUGGCCGAGGGGCAGACCCUGGAUCUCAGCUGUGUGGUGGCAGGGCAGGCCCAUGCCCAGGUCACAUGGUACAAGCGCGGGGGCAGCCUCCCUGCCCGACACCAGGUCCGUGGCUCCCGCCUGUACAUCUUCCAGGCCUCCCCUGCUGAUGCAGGACAGUAUGUGUGCCGGGCCAGCAACGGCAUGGAGGCCUCCAUCACAGUCACAGUAACCAGGACCCAGGGGGCCAACUUUGCCUACCCCGCCGGUAGCACCCAACCCAUCCGCAUCGAGCCCUCGUCCUCGCACGUGGCCGAAGGGCAGACCCUGGAUCUGAAGUGCAUAGUUCCUGGGCAGGCCCACGCCCAGAUUACAUGGCACAAGCGUGGGGGCAGCCUCCCUGUCCGGCACCAGAUGCAUGGCUCCCUGCUGAGACUCUACCAGGUUUCCCCCGCCGACUCAGGCGAGUACGUGUGCCGAGUGAUGGGCAGCUCCGUGCCCCUGGAGGCCUCUGUCCUGGUCACCAUUGAGCCUGCGGGCUCUGUGCCUGCACUUGGGGUCACCCCCACCGUCCGGAUCGAGUCAUCAUCUUCACAUGUGGCUGAAGGGCAGAACUUGGAUCUGAACUGCCUCGUUGCCGGGCAGGCCCACGCCCAGAUUACAUGGCAUAAGCGCGGGGGCAGCCUCCCGGCCCAGCACCAGGUGCAUGGCUCAAGGCUCCGGCUGCUCCAGGUGACCCCAGCUGACUCCGGGGAGUAUGUGUGCCGUGUGGUCGGCAGCUCAGGCACCCAGGAAGCCUCAGUCCUCGUCACCAUCCAGCAGCGCCUUAGCGGCUCCCACUCCCAGGGCGUGGUAUACCCUGUCCGCAUCGAGUCCUCCUCGGCCUCCCUGGCCAAUGGACACACCCUGGACCUCAACUGCCUCGUUGCCAGCCAGGCUCCCCACACCAUCACCUGGUAUAAGCGCGGAGGCAGCUUACCCAGCCGGCACCAGAUCAUGGGUUCCCGGCUGCGGAUCCCUCAGGUGACUCCGGCAGACUCGGGCGAGUACGUGUGUCACGUCAGUAACGGUGCCGGCUCCCAGGAGACCUCACUCGUCGUCACCAUCCAGGGCAGCGGCUCCUCCCAUGUGCCCAGCGUCUCCCCACCAAUCAGGAUCGAGUCCUCUUCCCCCACGGUGGUGGAAGGGCAGACCUUGGACCUGAACUGCGUGGUCACCAGGCAGCCCCAGGCUGUCAUCACAUGGUAUAAGCGUGGGGGCAGCCUUCCCUCCCGACACCAGGCCCAUGGCUCCCACCUGCGGUUGCACCAGAUGUCUGUGGCUGACUCCGGCGAGUACGUGUGCCGGGCCAACAACAACAUCGAUGCCCUGGAGGCCUCCAUUGUGAUCUCGGUCUCCCCUAGCGCCGGCAGCCCCUCUGCCCCUGGCAGUUCUAUGCCCAUCAGAAUUGAGUCAUCAUCCUCACACGUGGCUGAAGGGCAGACCUUGGAUCUGAACUGCGUGGUCCCUGGGCAGGCCCAUGCCCAGGUCACUUGGCACAAGCGUGGGGGCAGCCUCCCCAGUCACCAUCAGGCCCACGACUCACGGCUACGGCUCUACCGGGUGUCCCCGGCUGACUCAGGCGAAUACGUGUGCCGGGUGAUGAGCAGCUCUGGCCCCCUGGAGGCCUCAGUCCUGGUCACCAUCGAAGCCUCUGGCUCAAGUGCUGUCCACGUCCCUGCCCAAGGUGGAGCCCCAGCCAUCCGCAUCGAGACCUCCUCCUCCCAAGUGGCUGAAGGGCAGACCCUGGAUCUGAAGUGUGUGGUGCCCGGGCAGGCCCACGCCCAGGUCACGUGGCACAAGCGUGGGGGAAACCUCCCUGCCCGGCACCAGGUCCAUGGCCCGCUGCUGAGGCUGAACCAGGUGUCCCCAGCUGACUCUGGCGAGUAUUCAUGCCAAGUGACUGGAAGCUCAGGCACCCUGGAGGCAUCUGUCCUGGUCACAAUUGAGCCCUCCAGCCCAAGCCCCAUUCCUGCCCCAGGACUGGCCCAGCCUAUCUACAUUGAGUCCUCCUCUUCACACGUGACUGAAGGACAGACCCUGGAUCUGAACUGCGUGGUGCCUGGGCAGGCCCAUGCCCAGGUCACAUGGUACAAGCGCGGAGGCAGCCUCCCUGCCCGGCACCAGACCCAUGGCUCCCAUCUGCGGCUCCACCAAGUCUCCCCUGCCGACUCCGGCGAGUAUGUGUGCCGCGUGGUUGGUGGCCCAGGCCCUGAGCAAGAAGCCUCCUUCGUGGUCACAGUCCCACCCCGCGAGGGGUCUUCUUACCGCCUCAGGAGUCCGGUCAUCUCCAUCGACCCGCCCAGCAGCACCGUGCACCAGGGCCAGGAUGCCAGCUUCAAGUGCCUUAUCCACGACGGGGCAGCCCCCAUCAGCCUUGAGUGGAAGACCCGGAAGCUGGAGGACAACGUCCACAUCAGUCCCAAUGGCUCCGUCAUCACCAUCGUGGGCACCCGGCCCAGCAACCACGGCCCCUAUCGCUGCGUGGCCUCCAAUGCCUACGGCGUGGCCCAGAGUGUGGUGAACCUCAGCGUGCACGGGCCCCCGACAGUGUCCGUGCUCCCCGAGGGCCCUGUGUGGGUGAAAGAGGGAAAGGCUGUCACCCUGGAGUGUGUCAGUGCCGGGGAGCCCCGCUCCUCUGCUCGCUGGACUCGGAUUGGCACCCCUGUCAAGUUGGAGCAGCGGACGUAUGGGCUCGUGGACAGCCAUGCGGUGCUGCAGAUUUCAUCCGUGAAGCCAUCAGAUGCGGGCACUUACGUGUGCCUUGCUCAGAACGCACUGGGCACAGCACAGAAGCAGGUGGAGGUGAUCGUGGACACGGGUGCUGUGGCCCCAGGGGCCCCUCAGGUCCAAACAGAAGAAGCUGAGCUGACUGUGGAGGCUGGACACACAGCCACGUUGCGCUGCUCAGCCACAGGCAGCCCCGCGCCCACCAUCCACUGGUCCAAGCUGCGCUCCCCACUACCCUGGCAGCACCGGGUGGAAGGUGACACACUGAUCAUCCCCCGGGUAGCCCAACAGGACUCGGGCCAGUACAUCUGCAAUGCCACUAGCCCUGCCGGGCACGCUGAGGCCAACAUCAUCCUGCACGUGGAGAGCCCACCAUAUGCCACUACAGUCCCAGAGCACGCCUCGGUGCAGGCAGGGGAGACGGUGCAGCUCCAGUGCCUGGCUCACGGGACACCCCCGCUCACCUUCCAGUGGAGCCGUGUGGGCGGCAGCCUUCCUGGGAGGGCGACUGCCAGGAACGAGUUGCUGCACUUUGAGUCUGCAGCCCCUGAGGACUCCGGCCGCUACCGCUGCCGGGUCACCAACAAGGUGGGCUCCACCGAGGCCUUUGCUCAGCUGCUCAUCCAAGGCCCCCCUGGUUCUCUCCCUGCCACCUCCAUCCCAGCAGAGUCCACGCCCACCGUGCAGGUCACGCCUCAGCUAGAGACCAAGAGCAUUGGGGCCAGCGUUGAGUUCCACUGUGCUGUGCCCAACGACCGGGGUACCCAGAUCCGUUGGUUCAAGGAAGGGGGUCAGCUGCCUCUGGGCCACAGCGUGCAGGAUGGGGUACUCCGAAUCCAGAACUUGGACCAGAGCUGCCAAGGGACAUAUGUUUGCCAGGCCCAUGGACCUUGGGGGCAGGCCCAGGCCAGUGCCCAGCUGGUUGUUCAAGCCCUGCCCUCCGUGCUCAUCAACAUCCGGACCUCUGUGCAGACCGUGGUGGUUGGCCAUGCCGUGGAAUUCGAAUGCCUGGCACUGGGUGACCCCAAGCCUCAGGUGACAUGGAGCAAAGUUGGAGGGCGCCUGCGGCCUGGCAUUGUGCAGAGUGGAGGCGUCGUCAGGAUCUCCCAUGUAGAGCUGGCUGAUGCAGGACAAUAUCGCUGCACUGCCACCAACUCAGCCGGCACCACACAAUCCCAUGUGCUGCUGCUGGUACAAGCCUUGCCCCAGAUCUCAACGCCCCAAGAAGUCCGUGUGCCUGCCGGCUCUGCAGCUGUCUUUCCCUGCAUAGCCUCAGGCUACCCAACUCCUGACAUCAGCUGGAGCAAGGUGGAUGGCAGCCUGCCCCCCGACAGCCGCCUGGAGAAUAACAUGCUGAUGCUGCCCUCAGUCCGACCCCAGGAUGCGGGCACCUACGUCUGUACCGCCACUAACCGCCAGGGCAAGGUCAAAGCCUUUGCCCAUCUGCAGGUGCCAGAGCGGGUGGUGCCCUACUUCACGCAGACCCCCUACUCCUUCCUGCCGCUGCCCACCAUCAAGGAUGCCUACAGGAAGUUCCAGAUCAAGAUCACCUUCCGGCCCGACUCAGCCGAUGGCCUCCUCCUCUACUCGGGGAUGCUGCUAUACAAUGGGCAGAAGCGAGUCCCAGGGAGCCCCACCAACCUGGCCAACCGGCAGCCCGACUUCAUCUCCUUCGGCCUCGUGGGUGGAAGGCCCGAGUUCCGGUUCGAUGCCGGCUCAGGCAUGGCCACCAUCCGCCACCCCACACCACUGACCCUGGGCCAUUUUCACACCAUCACCCUGCUGCGCAGCCUCACCCAGGGCUCCCUGAUCGUGGGUGACCUGGCCCCGGUCAACGGGACCUCCCAGGGCAAGUUCCAGGGCCUGGACCUAAACGAGGAGCUCUACCUGGGCGGCUACCCUGACUAUGGUGCCAUCCCCAAGGCAGGGCUGAGCAGCGGCUUUGUAGGCUGUGUCCGGGAGUUGCGCAUUCAGGGCGAGGAGAUCGUCUUCCAUGACCUCAACCUCACAGCGCACGGCAUCUCCCACUGCCCCACCUGUCGGGACCGGCCCUGUCAGAAUGGCGGUCAGUGCCACGACUCCGAGAGCAGCAGCUACGUGUGUGUCUGCCCAGCUGGCUUUACCGGGAGCCGCUGUGAGCACUCGCAGGCCCUGCACUGCCAUCCAGAGGCCUGUGGGCCCGACGCCACCUGUGUGAACCGGCCUGACGGUCGAGGCUACACCUGCCGCUGCCACCUGGGCCGCUCAGGGUUGCGGUGUGAGGAAGGUGUGACAGUGACCACCCCCUCGAUGUCGGGCACCGGCUCCUACCUGGCGCUGCCCGCCCUCACCAACACACACCAUGAGCUACGCCUGGACGUGGAAUUCAAGCCACUCGCUCCUGACGGGGUCCUGCUAUUCAGCGGGGGGAAGAGCGGGCCUGUGGAGGACUUUGUGUCCCUGGCGAUGGUGGGAGGCCACCUGGAGUUCCGCUAUGAGUUGGGGUCAGGGCUGGCCGUUCUGCGGAGCACUGAGCCGCUGGCCCUGGGCCGCUGGCACCGCGUGUCUGCAGAGCGCCUCAACAAGGACGGCAGCCUGCGGGUGAACGGUGGACGCCCCGUGCUGCGCUCCUCGCCCGGGAAGAGCCAGGGCCUCAACCUGCACACCCUGCUCUACCUGGGGGGCGUGGAGCCUUCUGUGCCACUGUCCCCAGCCACCAAUGUGAGCACUCACUUCCGAGGCUGUGUGGGCGAGGUGUCAGUGAAUGGCAAACGACUGGACCUCACCUACAGUUUCGUAGGCAGUCAGGGCAUCGGGCAAUGCUACGACAGCUCCCCAUGUGAGCGCCAGCCAUGCCAGCAUGGUGCCACGUGCAUGCCUGCUGGCGAGUAUGAGUUCCAGUGCCUGUGUCGAGAUGGAUUCAAAGGAGACUUGUGUGAGCACGAGGAGAACCCCUGCCAGCUCCACGAGCCCUGUCUGCAUGGGGGCACCUGCCAGGGCACCCGCUGCCUCUGUCUCCCUGGCUUCUCUGGCCCACGCUGCCAACAAGGCUCUGGACAUGGCAUAGCAGAGUCUGACUGGCAUCUUGAAGGCAGCGGGGGCAGUGAUGCCCCUGGGCAGUACGGAGCCUAUUUCCACGACGAUGGCUUCCUUGCCUUCCCUGGCCGCAUCUUCUCCAGGAGCCUACCCGAGGUGCCCGAGACCAUUGAGCUGGAGGUUCGGACCAGCACAGCUAAUGGCCUCCUGCUCUGGCAGGGUGUGGAGGCAGGAGAGACUGGCCGAGGCCAUGACUUCAUCAGCCUGGGGCUUCAAGAUGGGCACCUAGUCUUCAGGUACCAGCUGGGCAGUGGGGAGGCCCGCCUGGUCUCUGAGGACCCCAUCAAUGACGGCGAGUGGCACCGGGUGACAGCACUGCGGGAGGGCCGCAGAGGCUCCAUCCAGGUCGAUGGUGAGGAGCUGGUCAGCGGCCAGUCCCCAGGUCCCAAUGUGGCAGUCAACGCCAAGGGCAGUGUCUACAUCGGCGGAGCUCCCGAAGUGGCCACGCUGACCCGAGGCAGGUUUUCCUCGGGCAUCACAGGCUGUGUCAAGAACGUGGUGCUGCACUCGGCCCGACCCGGCGCCCCACCCCCACAGCCCCUGGACCUGCAGCACCGCGCCCAGGCCGGGGCCAACACACGUCCCUGCCCCUCGUAGGCACCGGCCUGCCCCACACGGACUCCUGGGCCGUGCCCCAGCCCGACAAUGUCGAGUAUAUUAUUAUUAAUAUUAUUAUGAACUUUUGUAAGAAACUGAGGCGAUGCCACGCUUUGCUGCUACCACCCUGGGCUGGACUGGAGGUAGGCACGCCACCCCCCACACACACAGCUGGGCAAAGCCGCAAGGCUGGCGGGCAAGGCAGGAUGGACGGGAGUGGGUCCCUCAGAAAAACACCAGGACUUGGGGUCAGGAACGGCAGCUGGGUGGGCCCAGAGCUGCCCCCACUGCUCCCUACCCACUGAUGGAACCCCCGCAGUGGAGCCAGGCGGCCCAUUUCUGCAGCCCCUGGGCAGUCCUCCCUUCUAGGAGAGCCAGCCUCGGCUCACAGCCAGGUGUCCCACAGCUGCCUGAGAUGGGCAUCUCAGGAGUCUCUGCCACCCACUCAGGAUUGGGAAUUGUCCUUAGUGACGGCUAUGCAGCAAAAGGCAGCUCACCCCUGGGCGGGCAGUCCCCAUCCCCACCAGCUUGUUUUUCAGCACCCUCACCCACCUCCACCCAGCCCCUGGCACCUCCCUCUGGCAGCCUCUCCCUCCCACCAUGCCCUGCUGGCCUGCAUUCCCACCCACUCCUGCCAGUACACAGCCUGGGGUCCCUCCCUUAGGGGCUGUAAGGGAAAGGCCACCCCAGCUCUUUCCCAGAGCUGCUACUGGAAGAGCCCAGCACUGAGAGGGCCCUGCCCACCAGGCCCCUCGUACCCCAGGCCACUUCCCCACUCAUCUGGAAGGGAAGGCCCAGGGACUCCUUGGAAGCUGCUGGUGCUUGAAGAGCUAGUGCCUUGGGUGGGGGAAGGCAGGACUCAUGACUGGGAGGGAGGGGGGAUGUGACCACCCUGCCCUAUCGGUGGGAGCCUGAAGACCCAGCGAGGGGGAGUGCCAUCCUGCCAGUGGCCCCCAGACUGGGGUUGGGAUGCCUGGCCUCUGUGUCCUAGAAAGGACCCUCCUGUGGUCUUUGUCUUGAUUUUUCUUAAUAAACGGUGCUAUCCCCGCCAGG